UCAAAAUCAGCUGUUUAUGAAAGAAAUGUCAUUGAUGAUUCACUAUUCGUUAUCGACAAAACUAUAAGUGUUAAUAAUAGAAUAAAUAUAUAUCCAAUUAAUCGAAUUUAUUGUUCUUUGUGCAAACUUCAGUGUAAAGCGUGAAGAUGUUUCGUACUACAGGCAACUUUGACAAGCUUUUGGACAAAGCCACAAGCAAUUUAUUGAUGGAACCAGAUUGGCCAUCAAUUAUUCAACUUUGCGAUUUAAUACGUCAGAAUGAUGUACAGCCCAAGUAUGCCCUAAAUGCAGUGAAGAAGAAGCUGUACUCUCCGAAUCAACAUACUGCGAUGUAUGCUCUUUUAGUGCUUGAAAGUAUGGUGAAAAACUGCGGUUAUCCUUUACACGACGAGCUUACCACCCGUCCCUUCUGCGACACCCUCUACGACCUCGCCAAAACCACCACUCACGAGACUGUCCGCCAGAAGCUCCUAGAAUUGAUCCAAGCCUGGAAUUUCGCUUUCCGCAAAAGCCCCAAACACGGGGCUCUGAAAGACACCAUGAUCAUGAUGAAAAACGAUGGUUUCAAAUUCCCGACUUUCCGCGAAUCCGACGCCAUGUUCAGCGCCGAUUCAGCCCCGGAAUGGGCCGACGGCGAUGUGUGCCACCGCUGCAGGACCGCAUUCAGUUUGAUUCAGCGUAAACACCAUUGCAGGGCUUGCGGCCAGGUUUUCUGCAGUCAGUGCAGUCAGAAAACCACCACUUUGCCCAAGUAUGGAAUUGAGAAAGAGGUGAGAGUUUGCGACGCUUGCUAUGAUCUGGCAACGAAGCCUAUCAGCAGUAAAGCGGACAAACAGGAGAGCGAAUUGCCCCCGGAAUAUGUGAACAGUUCGUUGGCUCAGCAGAGUCAGACGCCGCCGAGGAAGAGCGAUGAAGAGUUGAGGGAGGAGGAGGAGUUGCAGUUGGCUUUGGCUAUUAGUCAGUCGGAGGCUGAGGCGAAGGAAAAGGAGAAAUUCAAAAUGGUUAACACUUACAAAGCACCUGUCGAACGUAGUCCAUCUCCUCAACCCGAGCAGACAAAUCCCGAACUUGCAAGAUACUUGAAUCGCUCUUACUGGGAAUCCCUCAACCAAAAUGAUUCGGCACCAGAGGCAAGACCCGCUAGUCCCUCAGCCCCAACUUCGGCAACAGCUCCUGUCACCGAAGUCGUCAAAUCCAAACACAAAGAAAACGGUGUUGUUGAUAACGACAUCGAAGAGUUCAUCACUACUUUAAAAUCCCAAGUGGAGAUUUUCAUCAAUCGAAUGAAAAGCAAUUCGAGUCGUGGCCGUUCAAUCGCGAAUGAUACCAGCGUUCAGACUAUUUUCAUGAACAUCACUGCAAUGCAUUCGAGACUUUUGCGUUACAUCCAACAACACGACGACAGCAGAUUGCAUUACGAACGUCUCCAAGAUAAACUAACACAAGUCAAAGAUGCUAGAGCGGCUCUUGACGAUUUGAGGGAAGAACACCGCGAGAAAUUACGAAGAGAAGCGGAAGAAGCCGAACGGCAACGCCAACUCCAAAUGGCACAUAAACUGGAAAUCAUGAGAAAGAAAAAACAAGAGUAUCUCCAAUACCAAAGACAGUUGGCGUUGCAACGCAUCCAGGAACAGGAACGUGAAAUGCAAAUGAGACAAGAACAUCAAAAGCAGAGAUACAUGAUGGGUUACAUGGGGAACAACCAAUUCCCGCCUCCACCGAACAGUGCCCCGCCUCAAUCCGCUCCCAAUUACCACAAUUACCAAUACGGUCCGAUGGUACCUCAAAACCCUCCCCAGAUGGGACUCCCACCUCAAAUGCCGUCUCAUCCAAUUCCGCAAGGUCCUCCCGGACCACAAUCUCAUUUCCAUCAACAAUUGUACGGCGUUCCACCUGUCGGAAACCUACCAAUGAUGAAUCCCAUACCUAUGCAAGCUCCGCCCCCGAAUCAGGGCAUGCCGCCCCCAGGGUUCCACCCACCGCCUCCGCAGCAGCAGCAGCAACAGCAACAAGAGCCAAAAAACGAAACGCGAACCGCUGAGUUGAUUAGUUUUGAUGAUUUGGUCCAAAAUUUGCGCAACUCAUUCGAGAGCGGCAAAACUAAGCCCUUACAAUUUCGAAUGAAACAACUCAAAGCCCUGCUUCGCUUGUACGAGGAAAACAUGACCGAAAUGCUCGAAGUUUUACACAAAGACUUGCGGAAGUGCAAACAUGAGUCGGUGGUGAUGGAGACGGAGUACCUCAUCAAUGACCUCAAGAACACAAUUGCGAAUUUGUACAAGUGGGCCAAACCCGAGUACCCUCCUAAGGGUUUUGUGAAUCUGCUGGAUUCCCUAUGCAUCUAUAGUGAGCCCUAUGGAGUUGUGUUGGUCAUAGGGUCCUGGAAUUACCCCAUCCAGCUCACUCUUCUCCCCGUUGCGGGGGCCAUAGCAGCCGGUAAUUGCGUCGUAAUCAAGCCAUCGGAGGUUUCCUCAGCCAGCUCGAAGUUCAUGGCGGAGACAAUCCCCAAAUACCUUGACAGUGAUUGUUACAAAGUGUACGAAGGGGGCGUUGCUGAAACCACCGAAUUGUUGAAGCAAAGGUUUGAUUAUAUUUUUUACACGGGGUCUUCGCAAGUCGGGAAAAUCAUCCACUCUGCUGCUAACAAAUAUUUGACUCCUGUUACAUUGGAAUUGGGGGGCAAAAGUCCGGUUUAUUUGGAUAAAACGGCCGAUAUUAAAGUCGCCACGAAACGGAUUUUGUGGGGCAAAUGCGUGAAUAUGGGUCAGACUUGUGUGGCCCCCGAUUACGUGAUUUGUACGAGGGAUGUUCGCGAUAAAUUCGUCGAAUGUGCGAAAAAAGUCCUCGCAGAUUACUUCGGUAAUGACCCGAAGGAGUCGCCCGAUUUGGGGCGCAUAAUCAAUGAGAGACAAUUCCAACGUCUUGUUAACCUACUCAGGGGGCACAAACCGGCAGUUGGGGGCAAAUUCGACGCCUCUGAUCGUUUCAUCGAACCUACAAUUUUGACUGACGUUCAACCAAACAGCCCCAUCAUGCAGGAAGAGAUUUUCGGGCCGAUUCUUCCGAUUAUUACAGUAAAUGAUGCCUCCGAAGCGGUCAAAUUUAUAAAUUCGCGGGAAAAACCGUUAGUUUUUUACAUUUUUUCGAAUUGUAAGAAAGAUGUGAGUUUGUUGAUUGAUAAUACUUCAUCUGGAGGUGUCCUUGUCAACGAUACCAUUAUGCAUAUGGCGACUGAUAUGCCGUUUGGAGGGGUGGGUUCUAGUGGGAUGGGAUGUUACCAUGCGAAGUAUACUUUUGAUACGUUUUCGCAUAAAAAGAGUUGUUUGUAUAAAGAUUUGGGGUUGUUGGGGGAAACUUUGGGGGCUGCGAGGUAUCCCCCGUAUACAGAGGGCAAGUUGAAGUUUUUGAAUUUGUUGUUAAGGAGGUGGCCGGGGGUACCGUUAAAGUGUUUGUUGCAUCUUCUUAUAUUUGGUGCUGGGUUUGUUUCUGCUAUUGGGUGCACAUAUUUCUUGGAUAAAAAGCAGUAUUUUUAAGUGCUAUUUUAUUCUUUAAGUGGUAAAGGUAUUGAAAAUUGUAUUUUUUGUAUUACAUUGUAGGCCAGGGAACAAAUAUUUGAUGUAUUUUUUCGUUGUUAAUAACAUACUUAUUAUUAUUGUUGUAUUGUAGAUAAGUUUAUGUUUUGAUAAAAACAUUUUUGUGA